AUGGCUAAGACUUAUCAGCUUUAUGACUUUAUGUAUUAUCCAAAUAUUGCCUUUAAAAUGUCUGCAAUACAACCGUUCACCUGGAGCGGAGCAUUGACAAAACAACAUCAUUCACCAUGGUGUACAGCCAAAUGGUUUAUUACCAAAUUCUGGUUUAUAUUUGGCGCAACGAACUUGAUUUAUCAGACUAUCGGCAUGUUUAUCUAUUUGCUUGCGCCCCAGUCGGCGCACUUGUAUACCGCUGCUAACAUGGAGCCAGAAUAUCAAAUUGCCCUGGUUGCUCAAAUAUCCGAGACUGGUGGCAUAAUGGGUUUAACAUUGGUGGCUGCCUGCAAAAUGUUCAUCAUGUUCUGGCAUGGCAAACGUAUAGCUAAAUUGUUGGAAGAAUUACAGGAAAUAUUUCCACAUGAACAUGUGCAACAUGAUUCCAAUGCUUUAUAUCGCGUUCAAUAUUUUGCAAAAAUUUCGGGGAAUUUAAUGAAACGCACAAUGAUAUUUUUCAUAUUCGCCUUUUGUUUCUACAACUCUCUGCCCUUUUUGGAAAUUAUCUAUGAACAUUUUGCCGCCGACCAACACAUUAUGUAUCUGUAUCAAUCGAACACCUGGUAUCCAUGGCAAACAAAAGAAAACUCAAAAACUUGGUGGAAUUUUACGGCUGCAUACUUGUGUCAAUUGCAAUCGUCGCUGACAGGAGUGUCCUUCAUAAUGGCGGGUGAAUUUAUGUUGUGUUUCUUCAUCACACAAAUGCAAAUGCAUUUCGAUUAUUUGCGAAAUGCCUUGAGGAGUUUGAAUGCCGCAUCUGCCAAGGCAAAUGAGGAGCUAAAGAUAUUAAUAAUCUAUCAUAUAAAACUGUUGAGAUUUUCUAAAGAAAUAAAUAUUAUUUUUAAUAUAUCAUUUCUGGUGAAUUUUAUUACAUCAUCUGUAGCAAUUUGUUUAAUGGCUUUCUCCAUGGUGAUGAUAAGUAUGUCUCACACUUUUAAGUAUUCCGUGGGUUUGUUGUCCUUUUUGGUAUUUAAUUUCUUUAUUUGUUAUAAUGGCAGCGAAUUUACCACAUCGAGUGAUGAGUUGAUGCCCUCUGCCUUUUACAAUAAUUGGUAUGACGGUGAUAUCUCCUAUCGUCGCAUGAUACUCUUCUUCAUGAUGCGCUCUUGUGAGUCAAAUGUAUUGCGUGCCUAUAAGUUUGCCACGGUUUCUAUGCCAACAUUUAUGGCGAUUUUAAAACUUUCAUAUCAAUUGUUUACGUUUGUAAGCGCCGUGGGCUAA